ACAGGUUAAUGACAAGGCUUACAGUACCUCUUUUGUCAAGCACACCCCCAUUGCCUAGUAAUUACGGCAGAGAAAAUCACCAACCUCUCUCCAAAAGGGAAAAAACCAAAAUACAAAAAAAAAGGACACAUUUUGGUCCCGAUCCUCUGACUGUAAUGCUGAGAUACUGAACUGAAGAAGCUGUUGCCUAAGCAAGCCCUGGCUUCUCCUGCGAGCGCAGCCCUGUCUGUUUUAAACAUUUAUCAGUUCAGAGCAGAGUAGGCGCAGCACUGUCCUAGCGCUGCUGGCAAACCUCUCGUGGCCUGGGAAAAGUGUGGAAAUAUUUGGCCUCACAAAACUGCCUGCAAACCACUGACUUCCGCCAUGAGACUAUGGCUUCUACUCGUUGUGUCGUUUUUCUGCUGCCUCAGCUUCAGUGUUGCCAAAGACCAGAACCGUCCCCUGGCUCGAGGAAGAAGAAGGAGGGGGAAGAAAGUGGUGCGCAAAGGCAAGGAGCCAAUACACAGUGGAUAUAAUGGAGCACCGCUUUUCAUUGAGUCUUAUAAAAGUGUGCAGGAGCCAAAGCCCAACUACAAUGUUAUUCCAGGGAACACAGGACAGUGUGUGUUUCGGGGCAUCACUAUGUUCGAUAAAACUGUGUGGUCACCAAAGCCCUGUGUCACCUGCCUAUGCUCCAGUGGAGAAGUGGUGUGUGAUGAAAUACAAUGCCCUCUGCUACACUGCCAACUCAAAUUUAAACCCAUUGGGGAAUGCUGUCCAGUCUGCAUUGACUCAGUUCAUGACGUUCCUGAAAACUCUGGUGAUUCUCCCGUUCCUAACGAUCCGGAUUACGGUACAGCUCCACAAGUCCAUGCACACAGUGACGAAGGUCCAAGAGGGGAUAAGUACAAGGAAGAAGAGGAGCGCCAUCGUAAGAAAGAUGCAGAACACAAAAGGAGAAAGAAGCAAAAGAAAGAAGAGGAAAGACUGAGGAAAGAGCUGGAGGAAGAACAGCAAGCAAAGGAGGAAAAGGAUGCAGCAGAGGAGAAGAGGAGGAGGAUGGACGAACACCGACGGUUUGAGGAGGAGAGGAUGAGGAAGCUGGACAUGGAACAGAGGGAGAUGCUGAGGGUUUUUGAGGAAGCGGCAGAGAGAGUCCAGCAUGGACUGAGAGUGAAUGAUGAUGAAGAAGAGGAAGAAGAGAUCUGGUUGAGAGGUGAUGUUUUCCAAAUGCCAUCACAUGAGCCAACCCCUGCAAGCCUUCCACCACUGUCAGCCCCGCCUCCUGAGAACAGUCAGGAGGAUGAGGAGGGGGAGGAGGAUGAGGAAGAAGGGGAGGAAGGAAAGAAGAAGGAGAAGGAGAAGGAUGAGGAGUCUCGGAGGAUUACCUACUCACUCCCUAAAGGCUGCACAAUCUCUGAUGUCAUUGUCUCCUGUGAGAAUGCCAAACUUACUAGCAUUCCUGCUCUUUCCAUCCCUGAGCUCAAGUCUCUCAGUCUGGAGGGUAAUGCGAUCACUACCAUUCCAGGGGGUGCGUUCAAUGGCGUACCAAAUUUGGAAUGGAUAGAUCUGGGAAAAAAUAAGAUCUUGUCGUCAGGAAUUGACCCUCAAGCAUUUAAAAGCCUUAAAUUCCUAACCCGGCUAUACCUGGAUGGAAAUUUGCUGAAAGAAAUUCCUCAAGGGCUUCCACCUACUCUACAAGAACUGAAGAUCAAUGAGAACAACCUACAAGGGAUUGAUGAAAAGGACCUUGAAGGUCUAAGCAGUUUGGUUACCUUGGAAAUGGAAGCAAAUUCAUUGAAUGAAGAAAAUGUAAAUGCUCAAGCCUUCAGGCCAACGAAAGAGCUCACCUAUCUACGGAUGGGCAGAAACUUCUUCCGCACUAUUCCUCAAGGUCUACCACCAUAUUUGCAGGAGUUGCAUCUUGAACAUAAUUUAAUUGAGGAAAUAUCUGAAGGAGCUUUCAAUGAAACUAAAACCCUAAAUGUCGUUGUGCUGCGACACAAUAAAAUAGAUGAAUCACGCAUUGCACCUUUAGCCUGGAUUGAUCACAGGAACCUGGAAUCGAUCGAUCUGUCAUACAACAAACUCCACUUGGUUCCAUCGUUCCUGCCAAAGUCUUUGGUUCACCUGGGACUGGUGGGCAAUCGGAUUGAACGCAUCCCAGGAUACGUAUUUGCACAUUUGGAGCCUGGUCUGGAGUACCUGUACCUAUCGUACAACAAGCUGGAUGGUGAUGGUGUGGAACCAGAGUCUUUCUUUGGAUCGCUGAAAACCAUGACAGAGCUUUGUCUAGACCACAACCAACUGACCAGUGUCCCUUCUGGUGUUAGUGAGAUGACAUCACUACAUUUCCUCAGACUAAACAACAACAACAUAAGGCACAUCGGAGAGGACGAUAUCUGUGACCUGCAGAACGAGGAGGAUUCACACAUUGUAGCCCUACGUCUCGAGAACAACCUCCUCAACCCACGGAAAAUCCCUCCAGCAGCGUUCUCUUGUGUUAGGUCUUAUUCCAGUGUCGUUUUGAAGCCUCAAAGGAUUAAGUAACAGCCUAUUAAGUAUGCUCAUUUUACUCUGUCAUUUAGGUUCUUCCAAACGAUUCAUAAUGUAUAAUAUUCUGCAUUGAGAUCACUGUCAAAUGUACUAAUCGCAUUAUGACAGAAGACUUUCACUGGCUCUCAGAAAUGAGUCAGUUGCUUACUGGUAGGUGGAACAUGUCAGCAGAUGUCUGCGGUUGUUGGCACCUAUUUAAACUCUUUCUGUGCGUCCUAAAGGGACACGUUUAACUUUCCAAUGCGCCAGUAAGGGAAAAAUGGCAGAACAGAAAAACCCAGGCAUGGGUUUCAGUGCAUGUUGGGAUAUGAUUCUGUACACAUCAGUAUUCUGUUUCAGGUUGAAUUUGUCAUAUUGCAGCUACUUUAAAAGAAAGUGUGGCUUCUCAAAAAUGAACUAUGUAAUAGCUUAUACAAUUGUUGUACCAUGAAUGUGUUUUACAUAACUCCACUAAAAAAAGGCUAACAGAUGGUUACUACUGACUUUAAAUUUUUAUAUGUUGAUUUAUUUUCACAGUAUUCAUAAAAAAGCUCCACACUACAGGGGCACUUUUUUUUUCCAAAGCAGAUAUUUGAUUUUCAACAAAUUCACUGACGUUCUUAUUUACCACUACACUUGGCUGGCUCAGAAUUAAGUGGAAUAUCCAUAUUUAAUAUGGCGUUUAAUAAAAUGCAUAAGACUA